CUGUCGCCGCUGCGCAAGGCCAGCCGCGCACAAAAGCGCGAAAUUUUUGGCGCAGGGAAAAGCGUCGUUGUCUACGUUUGACAAGCCUUUAUGUUAUGAGCAAUACAGCGAUCUACUGGAACGAGCCGCAAUUACCCACCAUAGCGGCAUCCUUUUACUCCAGUCAACUAGGGCUUUGAGGCACGCGGCAAUUUUGCUCGACAACAAAGAGCGCGAGUGUUCCCGAACCUUAAACGCACAGAUUAUGAUUAAUGCAAGAAUUGGCAUACAUCACCUCAAAUCUCGGCUUCGCAAAAAGAGCGUUGCGAGCCAACGCACAGCCCGACUCGGCGCACGCACCCUCGCUCCCGCUUCCUUGCUAGUGCAUUUGAAAGCCCACAGACACUAUUUUCAGGCCGAAUACGCGCUGCGAGGAGCUUCCAGGCGACUUUCUCGCCGCAUGAGCACACGUGCGCUGUACGGCACCAUGGGGGGCCUCGCUUCUGUUUCCACUGUUCACGCGCGUUCAGUUGUGGCCGACAAUAACCAAUUCUUGAUAGUAACCAGCCUGGUCGCGUUCAAGCGCAGGCACCAAAAUGGCGGACGAGAUGGAUCCCAUGACGGCCUGCAUCACCGCCCUUACGGAUGCUGCUAUGACAACUGCGCAAGCGACGGCGCUGUGCGGGCAGUUCGCGUUUGCCGCGGACAACAGUGACCUGAGCGACCGGCUCGAUCAGACGAACCAGGGCCUGAACACCCUCUACCUGGUAUCAUGUGGUGCUCUGGUGUUCGUCAUGCACGCUGGCUUUGCGAUGCUCUGUGCCGGUGCUAUCCGCUCCAAGAAUACCAUGAACAUCCUGCUCCAGACUGUCAUGGACGCCGCCGUGUCCGCCGUCGCCUUCUACAUCCUGGGCUACGGCUUCGCUUAUGGCAUUGGCAACAACCCCAACGGCUUUAUCGGUGACUCUCUGUUCGGCCUGUCUCGCUGGGUGUCCCACAGCUCGAGCUCCGACGCCGGCGCCAACUGGCAGGCCUGGUUCUUCCAGUGGGCCUUCGCUGCCACCGCCACCACCAUCCCCGCCGGCGCCGUGGCUGAGCGCCUCAACUUCAACGCCUACCUCAUCUACUCGUUCUUCAUCUCCGCCUUCGUCUACCCCGUCGUCGUGCACUGGGUGUGGGCUGCCGAGGGCUGGCUGGGCUACGCGCGCUUCGGCGGCUACAGCCACCUCUUCCGCUCCGGCAUGAUCGACUUCGCCGGCUCGGGCGUCGUGCACAUGACUGGUGGCCUGGCCGGCCUGGCUGGCUGCAUCAUGGUGGGCCCCCGCAUGGGCCGCUUCGACUCCAACGGCCAGCCCGUGGAGAUGCCCGGCCACUCCGCCACCCUGGUCGUGCUGGGCACCGUGCUGCUGUGGUUCGGCUGGUACGGCUUCAACCCCGGCUCCCAGCUGAUCAUCAACUACACCGCCUCCGCCGCCGUCGUCGGCCGCGCCGCCGUCACCACCACGCUCUCCGGCGCCGCCGGCUGCCUGUCCUGCCUGCUCACCGCCUUCCUCCGCCACAAGGCCUGGGACCUGGUGUCCGGCUGCAACGGCGCGCUGGUCGGCUUCGUCUCCAUCACCGCCUCCGCCAACGUCGUCGAGCCCUGGGCCGCGCUCAUCGCCGGCCUUGUGGGCGGCUGGGUGUUCGACGCCGUGUGCCUGCUCUUCCUGAAGCUGCGCAUCGACGACCCGCUGUCGGCGGCGCCCAUGCACGCCUUCUGCGGCGCCUGGGGCGUGUUCUUUGCCGGCCUGCUGGCCAAGAAGGAGUACAUUUGCGAGUCCUACGGCCGCGACUGCGAGGGCUACGUCGCCGACGGCCUGUUCUAUGUGGGCGACGGCCGCCUGCUGGCCUCGCAGGUGAUCGGCAUCAUCUCCAUCUUCGCCUGGGUGUUCGGCCUGAUGCUGCUGCUGUUCGGAGGCCUCAAGGCCGUGGGCCUGCUGCGCAUCAGCGCCGAGGAGGAGCAGGCCGGCCUGGACGUGUCCAAGCACGGCGGCUCCGCCUACAACUACGACCACGGGCUCGGCAAGCCCGAGAAGGCCCAGGCUCUGGGCCUGUAAGCGUCCUCCGCUGUCACAUCGUAACUGCGCCGUUGCGCUUGCGACUUUGGUCGAGAACGGACGUUGCGGCGGCUGAGUGGAGGCUCGCACAGCUGCCGGUGUGUUUUGUGGCCUAGGUAUGCCCGAGGCCCCGGUGUGCUUGCGCCCCCCCCCAAGAAAAGGAGGAGUCGGACGAUGUACUGAGUGCACACCUUGCCACUGCCAGGGCGUGGAAAUGCUGUAGGGGCGGUGCGAAGCGAUGCCUGGUAUCACACUAGGGAUUCUAGGGGGGACAUGUGCAUGUGUGUGCGCGCAAUUGCUGGGCGGGGACUGUGUUAUUGUGUGUUCGGGAGGUUAAAAGGAGUGCUUAAGUAGUUGUCGGCACCUAUAGCUGCAGUACCAGUAGCCUGCUGGGCUCCCCAUCCCACAUACAUGUGAGCUUUUAAGCACACGCAGAGGGUUCGCAUCGCAUCAGUCUCGCACUGUUCGGAACGGGCCAUGCUUAACCUUCUUGAAGCACGUGCGCCGUUUCGUGCAUGUUCUGGGCUGAGUGAGCGGCUUUCACGCAUGAUCAUUACCAACAGCAAUUGGACUUUCUGCUCAUGGAGCCGGCAGAUCGGACGCAAUACUUGACCACACACACGCCGGCAACUUGUGCCCUAUAUGGCCUGGGCGAGUUGAACGCGCAAGGAGGAGUUGGGCGCGAGAGAGGAUCUGAGGCCGACAUGACAACGCACAUUGUUUUACUAAUGGGACUGUACGUAAAGAACUUUUUGAGUUGAUGGUAUAUCCGGGGAUUUUGGAGUGCAGGAGAGGGUGCUCAGAUGGAAAGCACACGCGGGGCCUCUCAACGUGUCAUGAACGACACAUGAUUGCAAGGAAUUGUGUCAGGGGGCAUCUUGGAGAAAGGGCGUGGCGGGAGAUGCCGGGCUUCUAGACCAGGGAUGUAUAUAACUCUGUGCGGUUGUUGCAACGGUGCUUGAGGCUUGGACCGUAAUGUUGCGGCUGAAAAGGAGGAGUCCACACAGGGCGUCAGACGGCCGGAAAACUUGUUUCACUCACGCGCGGCGCAUACCUGCAGCGCAUGCGAAGCGCACAGUCUGCCGUCCAAAGAUUUUGAUCAGCAUUGUAAGCACUGUCUAUG